AUGACCAUUCCAAACAAGUCGUGCCAAUCGUCGACGACGCCUAAGCCUCCGACGCCGAACUCAAGCCCCAAGAAGUCGUGCCAGACGGUGCCAUCGGUGAUGGCGUCGACGACGAAGGUGGUGGACUCGAACGGCCGCACGCACACAAGUGCGACGACAUUCACGACGAUGGUGCUGGAGAGCUCGUGCCGCUCGAAGACGACGCCUAAGCCUCCGACGCCGAACUCAAGCCCCAAGAAGUCGUGCCAGACGGUGCCAUCGGUGAUGGCGUCGACGACGAAGGUGGUGGACUCGAACGGCCGCACGCACACGAGUGCGACGACGUUCACGACGAUGGUGUUGGAGAGCUCGUGCCGCUCGAAGACGACGCCGAAGCCUCCGACGCCGAACUCAAGCCCCAAGAAGUCGUGCCAGACGGUGCCAUCGGUGAUGGCGUCGACGACGAAGGUGGUGGACUCGAACGGCCGCACGCACACAAGUGCGACGACAUUCACGACGAUGGUGCUGGAGAGCUCGUGCCGCUCGAAGACGACGCCUAAGCCUCCGACGCCGAACUCAAGCCCCAAGAAGUCGUGCCAGACGGUGCCAUCGGUGAUGGCGUCGACGACGAAGGUGGUGGACUCGAACGGCCGCACGCACACGAGUGCGACGACGUUCACGACGAUGGUGUUGGAGAGCUCGUGCCGCUCGAAGACGACGCCGAAGCCUCCGACGCCGAACUCAAGCCCCAAGAAGUCGUGCCAGACGGUGCCAUCGGUGAUGGCGUCGACGACGAAGGUGGUGGACUCGAACGGCCGCACGCACACGAGUGCGACGACGUUCACGACGAUGGUGUUGGAGAGCUCGUGCCGCUCGAGGACGAGUCCGAGAAAGCCUCAUGAGACGGCCGCGAUGCCACACAGUCACAGGACGUCGUCGUGUAAGACGGAGACGAGUGUUGUAACAUCAAUGACGACGUCUGUGGAUAGUCGUGGCGAGACGCACACACGCGCGACAACGAUGACGACGAUGGUACCUGAAAGCUCUUGCCGAUCGAUGACGACGCCGAAGCAAACAAAGUCGUGUAGCUCGAUGACGUCGGUAAUUGAGACGGAUGUGAUUUCGACUGACUCGAAGGGCCGCAAGCACACAAGCUCGACGAAGAAGACGACAGUGGUGCCGGCCAGUUCAUGUGUGUCGACGACGCCGCAUACGACGAAGAGGUCGACAGUGAAGCCAUCGAAGAAGUCGACGACGUCGUGUAGCUCGAUGACGUCGGUGAUUGAGACGGAUGUGAUCUCGGUUGACUCGAAGGGCAGCACGCACACGAGCUCGACGAAGAAGACGACAGUGGUGCCGGCCAGUUCAUGUGUGUCGACGACGCCGCAUACGACGAAGAGGUCGACAGUGAAGCCAUCGAAGAAGUCGACGACGUCGUGCAGCUCGAUGACGUCGGUGAUUGAGACGGAUGUGAUUUCGACUGACUCGAAGGGCCGCAAGCACACUAGCUCGACGGUGAAGACGACGGUGGUGCCAGCUAGCUCAUGUGUGUCGACGACGCCGCACACGACGAAGAGGUCGACAGUGAAGCCAUCGAAGAAGUCGACGACGUCGUGCAGCUCGAUGACGUCGGUGAUUGAGACGGAUGUGAUCUCUGUUGACUCGAAGGGCAGCACGCACACGAGCUCGACGAAGAAGACGACGGUUGUACCAGCGAGCUCAUGUGUGUCGACGACGCCGCACACGACGAAGAGGUCGACAGUGAAGCCAUCGAAGAAGUCGACGACGUCGUGUAGCUCGAUGACGUCGGUGAUUGAGACGGAUGUGAUCUCGGUUGACUCGAAGGGCAGCACGCACACGAGCUCGACGAAGAAGACGACGGUGGUGCCAGCUAGCUCGUGUGUGUCGACGACGCCAACGUCGACGACGAGGUCGACAGUGAAGCCAUCGAAGAAAUCGACGACGUCGUGCAGCUCGAUGACGUCGGCGAUCGAGACGGAUAUAAUCUCGAUUGACUCGAAGGGCAGCACGCACACGAGCUCGACGGUGAAGACGACGGUGGUGCCAGCUAGCUCGUGUGUGUCGACGACGCCAACGUCGACGACGAGGUCGACAGUGAAGCCAUCGAAGAAAUCGACGACGUCGUGCAGCUCGAUGACGUCGGCGAUCGAGACGGAUAUAAUCUCGAUUGACUCGAAGGGCAGCACGCACACGAGCUCGACGGUGAAGACGACGGUGGUGCCAGCUAGCUCGUGUGUGUCGACGACGCCAACGUCGACGACGAGGUCGACAGUGAAGCCAUCGAAGAAAUCGACGACGUCGUGCAGCUCGAUGACGUCGGCGAUCGAGACGGAUAUAAUCUCGAUUGACUCGAAGGGCAGCACGCACACGAGCUCGACGGUGAAGACGACGGUGGUGCCAGCUAGCUCAUGUGUCUCGACGACACCAACGUCGACGACUAGGACGACGACGAGGGCUUCGCGUUCGUCGAACACUAGCCCAACAACCAACACGAAUAAGAGCAAGCACACGAGUGGCAAAUCUGUUUGGAGAUCCGGCACGGUGUCAUGCACUGAGCCAUUCCAGCCCGUCUUCACUAGAUUCGUGCCGCCAUACGAACACACUACGACUACGUCGUUCGUGGACUGUGAGAUCAUUAACCUAUAA